AUAGUUGAUCUGAUUGGGCGAUAAAACACGAUUGAUCAACAGACUGAUUCAUUUUAAGAUAUACACCAGAAUCAAGUUUUAUUUCUGGUUUCAUGAAUAACGAUUAUUCGUUAUCAAAUUAAUAUUAUAUAAAUGCAUUUCAUAGGAUCACACAAUGACAGAAACUUCAACGACCCCAAAGAAUAUUUCAGCAAAGCCUUCCAUUGCCUCAGUUUCAUUGAAUUUCGAAAUAAACGAACCUGCAGAAGAACCAUCGCCUCCAUUCAGUACAACUUGGCGUGAAAAGCCAUCAGACUCCCUAUCAUCGUUAGAUGACAAUCUAUUUAUUGACGAUGACCACACACUAGGAAAUUAUAAAAACAACGAUAUUGAAAUUAAUGAAAAUCAUUUUGCUAAAACAGACCAAGAAUUAAUAUCAACUGGAAAUCGCUCGGCUCUUAAUGAUAGAUCCGAGUUUUUGAGGAGAAAAAUAAAAGAAGUUGACGAUCAGUUACAACGAGAAGAGCUUAUUGAGUCUUUAGUGCGAAUUCAAAUGAAACUUGCCAGCAUGGACGAAGAAGAAGAUUUUGAAAUGGUCAACUCAAAACUGGUAUCUGGACACAAAUUCAUAGUUAGGAAAGGAUCAUCAUCCAGCGAAUGUGAAACUUGUCAUCAAAUCAUUUGGAGAAUUGUGAAAUUUUAUUAUUACUGCAAGAUUUGUAACUGUUGCGUUCACGAAGGUUGUUUAAAUAAAGUCAAUAUUUCCUGUGCAGCUCUAGCCAUUGAGAAUGAAAUUAAAGUGGAAAUAAAAAUUUGCCCUGAAAUAGGUCUAGCAAAGCAGAAGUUCAAAUGUGCAGGAUGCCAAACGAAAUUAUCUUUUUUUGGAAAUGAUAGAUGUAUGCCAAGAUUAUGCGAUUAUUCAGGCUUUUAUUUCUGUCAUUCGUGCCAUUGGAACAAUACAACGUAUAUACCUGCAAGAAUAAUCCAUAAUUGGGAUAUAAGAGAAUAUCCUGUUAGUCGCUAUUUUUAUCAUUAUCUUAAUCUUUUAAGGAAGAAACCGAUAUUUUACUUAAAAGACUUGAAUGAAGAUUUGAAGGGCUUAGUAGGGGAAUUAGAUCAGAUUGUUAAACUCAGGGAAGAUUUAAUGGACAUGAAAUUUUACGUAAUCACCUGCAAAGACGCUUUAGAAAGUAAGAUUCUUCUUAAACUGUCAGCUAGACAGCAUUUCGUUGACGAUUCAGAUGUAUACUCUUUGGAGGAUUUUAUCGACGUUGCCAACGAUGAGUUACUGGAGUUUUUAAUUGAUGUUCAUAGUGCACUUGCCCAACACAUCAAAACAGACUGUGCACGGUGCAGAAAAAAGGGAGAAAUAUGCUGUAUUUGCCGAGAACCUGAGGUUUUAUUUCCGUUUGAUAAUCUUGCGACGCAGUGCAAAGUCUGUUGUGCCUUUAUGCAUAAGUAUUGUUUUGCCAGACGAAAAGAAUGUCCAAGAUGCACUACUUAA